AUGAAGCAUUCUGUGAAUGAGGACCAGCUGCCGAAAAUAGUCAUACUUGCGAAUGAAAUCGAAUCGAACUCACAAUGGCCUGAUGGAACUCAAUCGUGGCACAUACAUGAAAUAAAACCUCAACGCGAAUUAUUCAUCAAACAAGCUCGUGAAGAAAAUUUAUUAAUUCAAAAAAGAAGCAUUGAAACUGAGCCCGAUGUAUUUUGGCCCAAUGGUACUGAGUCAUGGCAUUUUCAUGAUAUUAAACCACAAAGAAAAUUAUUCGAAAGAAAAGCUUCCGUUCGUUCUUUAACCGACACAAAAGCAUUAGCAAUGAAACAAAAUGAUCCAGUAACUACGGAACAACCAUAUAUCUUGCAAGAAGUGCUCGUGUCUAAACCACAAAUUGAUCCCACGUUUAUAAGUGAAACCACAGUUCAUCCACCCGCUUCAUUGAAUUCGAAUAUUCAAGAGCACAAACUUCGACAAAAACUCGAUACUGGUAUUAUUUCUCAUGCUUUAUCAACAUCGAAAUGUAAACUACGACCGAUAACAAGUCAUGGGUUACACGGCUCAUUUUCGUCUGUCAAGUUAUAUAACAUCUCGUCGCACCAAUCAUCAAGACUAUUUAAUUACGACCCUACUAUAUUGUCGUUCAUUUUGUUUUCACUUCUUUUUGGAUUCAAAAUACUUAACUAUCCAGCACAUAAUAAUGUUCUCAAUAUAUCAGCACUUAUCUACGGAUUAAUUAUACAUGUUAAGAGUUUUUUGGCAAAGAAUUCAAGAGAAUACAAACUUUAUUCAUCACCAUACGCAAUAACAGUAGUAAUUCUUCGCGAGCUAGAAUCACUGUUACUAUUCGGCAUCACACAAUUCAAUAGAACUAUUCACAAUAUUAUUCGGACACCUGGCAUUCGUUAUUCGCUCUGCAAGUAUUUUAAGACUAUAUCCAAGAGAAAUACACACAAAACUAUUUAUGAAAAAUAUUCUCAUUAUCAUUCUCAUAUCAUCGUAUCCAUUCUACGUCAUUCAUAAUCGAACAUUUUAAAGGUCUAAUCAGCAACCUUAAUUUUUAGCGCAAAUAUUCUUCGCUAAAUCGUUUUUGCUUCGUCUCUUCAAUCGUAAUCGUCGAGCGAAUCGUGUUUUCGAUAUGAUUUAGUCAAUCACCACAGAGCUGACCGAGCUGAAUCGGCAUACGCAUCGCCUUCGUUCUUCAUAUCUCUUUGGUAUGUUUUUUCUCUGCAAUGGUACUAUACCAUCGUUUCUUCUUUUUGUUUUAUGGUUCUCUAUCUGUUAUCUUAUUACAAUUGCCGUUCUCAAUUUUUCAUUUCUUAUUCUUAUAUUAGUGUAUGUGUGUGGGCCCACAUUUCUGUCGGUGAGGAGGAAUGUUACAGUCAUUUGUUUAUUCCUGACUCAUCGACAUCUGUUUAUUCAUUCUUUGACGCUUAUCCCUUCUAUAUAUGCUCUCUCUCUUGUCGCUUACGUGGUUCUAUUCUCUUGUUGUUCUCGCAUCGAUAUCUCGAAAUAAACGAACAUCGAGAAGAUACAGGGAAUCUUCUAAUACUUGUGUACCAUCAAUCUGAAAAACUAGUUGCUAAAAUAUUUACUGAUAUAAAAUUUUUGUUAUAAAUAUGCUAUAGAGUGAUUUUAGCAAUUGUCAGAGGUGUUUGUGUAUCGUAUACACAACAUUGACAAUUGAAUAACGCAAAUAGUGGCAAAGAAUCUUGAUAUUCUUGCGCACUAAACUUCUAUUUGUCUAUAGAAUAGAGCUCACUCCAUUCAAAGUCAUAUAGCCUUGAUUUUUCAAUUUUCUAUAUAGAAAUUGAUAUUUAAGGGAGUAAUAAGCAAUACAUACUUCUGCGGUAUUGAACUGCAUUUUACACCUUAGUAUUUUAGCACACCUUUGACUAAUCAAGAGAUCUUCGCUGCUACGUUUGUUUGCCGUAUAUAGAAAGCUGUUGAAAUAGAAUGAAAAACCUCUAAACAGGAAAGCAAUUGAUUCAGCACUUAUUGUUAAUGAUGAAUUAUGAGUGAUCAAGAUAUAAAAGCUGCUUGUUUUUCUUCCUUCACUUUUAGUACACAUUGGAACAAACUUUUAAAUUCUCUUCCCUUAAAAUACUUGGAGCUGACAAGCAGUCCUGAUCCUGGUAUUCGAAAUUUUAUAAAAUAUUUAAUAUGAAAAGUUUUAUUGUAUGAAUUCACAGUAAGUGCUUCGUCUACAAUAAUUUAUGUAACAACUCUAUCUUGAAUUUAAUUUUAACAUUCUUUUAGAUUAAGAUAGUAAAGAACAGUUUUGAAAAAAAUUCAAAAACUUUAGACGAACUGUUAAGAAGAAUAGAACUUUGUACAAGUAAUACUGAAGACUAUUUUGAACAUAUAAGAAGGUAAAGCUGAAAGUAUCUCGUUUUUUUCUUAUUUUCAUGUUAUAUUAUCAAAAAAAUUUGGUCAGCACAAAGUAGAGUUUUUCUAAAAACAUGUUAGAGCUGAAAAAACUAGUUUAUUAAUUUGAAAUAUCGGGAUCAGAAUAUUCAGUCAAUCAUAUAUAUGUUGCGUAAUAUUGUGUAUAAAACGGUAUCAAGGUUUGAAUAAUAUAUAAACUUCGUUGCCUAAUAACCAACGGAAUCAUAGCAUCAAAUAGAACAAUCUUUCUAAAUAUCCUCGAAUUCAGUUUUUUACAACUAAGUUUCGUUUUUCUGUGAGCAUUUGUUGAAGUGGAAAUCGAAUUCAAUCCAGUUUGUAAACUAGAAAAUAUCACGUAGUAUGAUUCUUUGUAUAGAAAGAAAGAUUGGGCUUAGCAGUUGUAUCAAAAGAGGAGUUUCACGUAUCACAAAUAUAAAAUUUAAAAGUAACUGUUUGAAAGAAUUUUGUUUGAUUUCGAUCUAUCUUGAAUCAUAAUAUCACAAAUGGUUUUGCAUAGAAAUUUGAACCGUAUCGAAUGGUAUAUGUGAUAUAUAAAAUUUACCUCAAAAUUCAGUUAUGAUCUCUAAGAAGUUCUAAGGUAAAGUUGUUCAAAUUUUGUUGUUAAACUAGAUUCAAUACAUUUGUAGAUACUCUUCAAUUUUUAUAUAGUUAAUAGUUUUCAUCAAUUGUUCCUUCUUCUUACACAGCAAAGAGAUAGAAAGCUGUGCGUUUCAUCAUUCGAAAAACAAACAAAGAUGCAUCGAAUUGUAAGUUAUGCGUUUUUCUAACAUGAUUGUUUAAGGUUGGGGUGUGGGUGUGGGUGUGG